AUGUUUCAUGAAGUUUUUAUCCCGUAUGGAAAGUUUUCCCCGCUAGAUCUAUAUGUCCAGUUGGCGGCGCUCGCCGCCGCACACGGCGCCGGGGGCCAGCUGGUGCCGCUCCUGUCCCUGCGCCUUGGCACGUGGCGCGCGCUGCUGGUGCCGUCGCACGCCGCGGCGGAGGAGUGCUUCACGGCGCACGAUGCCGCGCUGGUGGGCAGGCCGCGGCUGCUGGCCGGGGACAGGCUCGGGAACGGGUACACCGUGGUCAGCUGGGCGUCCCACGGCGACCACUGGCGCGCCGUCCGCCGGUUCCUCGCCGUGGAGCUCUUCUCGGCGUCCCGCCUCGCCGCGCGCGCGGCCGACCGACGCGCCGAGGUCGCCGCGCUCGUCGAGAGCCUGCUGCUCCGUGACGCCGCCGCCGCUGGACCAGACGCGUCCCGCGCCGCGGUGACGCUCCGGCCCAGGCUCUUCGAGCUGGUGCUCAACGUGAUGCUGCGCUCUCUCACCGGCGCUCCUGGGCACGGCGACGACGUGCGCAGGAUCGAGUGGAUCAUCGAGGAGACCUUCGCGGUGAGCGGCGCCCCCAGCGUCGGGGACUUCUACCCGUCGCUGCGGUGGAUCGACUGUCUGCGCGGCGUCGAUGCGGCUCUGAUCCGUCUCCAGGCGAGACGCGACGCGCUCGUCGCCGGCCUCGUGCGCGACAAACGCCAAAAUCGCAGAGCCGGUGGCCGGCACACGGAGAAGAACGGCGCCAUUGACGAACUCCUGUCGCUGCAAGAAAUUGAUCCCGAGUACUACACUGAAACUGUCAUCAAAGGCAUUGUCUUGGUGAGUAAUCUCUCCUGUGAAUCAGUCUUUGUGGCACCACCAUGUGCCAACACGGACACAUCGGCACUGACCACUGAGUGGGCAAUGGCGCUGCUGCUGACGCAUCCAGAAGCAAUGCAGAAAGUGACAGCUGAACUGCACACCAACGUCGGCACAUCCCGGCUGGUGGAGGAGUCCGACAUCACGAACCUCCCAUAUCUGCAAUGUGUGGUCAAGGAGACCCUCCGGCUCUGUCCUGUCGGCCCAGUCAUCCCAGCGCACGAGGCCAUGGAGGACUGCACCGUUGGUGGGUUUCAUGUCCGGCGCGGCACCAUGAUCCUCGUGAACGCUUGGGCGAUCCAUCGGGACCCCAAGUUAUGGGAGGCGCCGGAAGAGUUCAGGCCGGAGCGGUUCAUGGACGCUGGCAUGGUGACCACGGUCACCGCCCCCUUGCUGCCAUUUGGGCUUGGACGGAGACGCUGCCCAGGGGAGGGGCUGGCAAUGCGUCUUGUUAGCUUGACACUGGCGGCGCUCGUCCAAUGCUUUGAGUGGGAUGUCGGUGAAUGUGGUGCUCCUGACAUGGCUGAAGGAGUUGGCCUGUCUAUGCCUAUGGCCAAGCCGUUGGCAGCAAUCUGUCGGCCCUGGGAGUUUGUCAAUAACAUGCUAUCUGGAUCAACAUGA